AGAUAAAAACACUAAUUUUGCACUUAGUCGUGGUGUUGUUCGUCACCUACGGGUGAAUUUAGGAAAAAUCCGAUAAUAACAACUCGUCUUCCUCAGCUCAACUGUUCUUUCGCGCUCUAAUGGUGCUCAAAAAAAUGAAGCAACAACGAUCUUCUUCCAAUUCAUCUAAUCAAAAUCCUAUUGGAUUUGUACCCAUGUGAUGAAAUUAGGGUUAAUGCAACAUUACUCUGUCGGACAUUCGAUUUCUGAAACUCCAGUUUCCCGGCAUUGCCAAGUAGAAAGAAGCCCUAGAAUUCGGGAAGGGAAGGUCUGAUUAUGGAUGCUAAGGAUAUCUUGGGGUUGCCCAAAAACACGCUGCCUUUACCCCAAGAGAAGAAGCCUAGGGCUCAAAAAGAUGCCCAGAGAAAGCGAGAUGGGAUUUCCCGGGAGGUUUAUGCUCUUACUGGUGGUCUGGCGCCUAUGAUGCCCGCAAUCGAUACGUCUGAACUGAAGAAGCGACCUCCAUCUGAUGAGAAGAUUACGUGGCAGUGGCUUCCUUUUUCAAAUUCUGCUAGAAAGGAUAAUUUGCAGCUUUACCAUUGGGUUAGAGUUGUAAAUGGCACUCCACCAACAGGGGACUAUUCUUUUGCAAAGUACAACAAGUCUGUUGAAGUUGUCAAAUACACGGAUGAGGAAUACGAGAAGCAUUUGAAAGAUGCUUCGUGGACAAAGGAGGAGACAGAUCAAUUAUUUGAUCUGUGUGAACGGUUUGAUCUUCGCUUCAUUGUGAUAGCCGACAGGUUUCCAUCAGCAAGGACAGUGGAGGAACUGAAGGAGCGGUAUUAUCGUGCAUCAAGAGCAAUUGUGGCUGCUAGAGGAUCAAUAUCUCGGGAGAGUUCAGGAAAUACUCCCGCCAAGGAUCCUUACAACGUCUCACAAGAGAUUGAGCGCAAACGAGCAUUGUCCAUGGUUCUCUCCCAAACAAAACAGCAAGAACGAAAAGAUGCAGAGGUUCUUGCUGAAGCGAAAAAAAUAACUGAAUCACGCAAAGCUGAAAGAGUGGCUGAAGAAUCUGAGUUGCCUGUCACUUCAAAUGCUGUCCCAGAAGUUACUGAAAGGGUUGUUGUUCCUGGAGAUAACGUACCAUCUAUAUCCAAUGUGCAGCCCCCUCCUCCAGCAGCUGUACCUUCAACCGUAGUGGCAGAUAAUGCCUCUACUCUUGCUUCUCUUCGCAUGCUUCCUGUAUACUUGAGAACAUAUGCACUCGAGCAAAUGGUACAAGCUGCAAGCUCAUCUGCUGGCCUUCGGACCAUCAAGCGAGUUGAACAGACGUUACAAGAUCUUUCGGUUAAUUUAAAACCCAGGGUUCCAACAAAAGCUGUCUGUGCAGAGCAUCUUGAAUUAAGAAAAGAAAUAUUGACUCUACUGAAUCUUCAAAAGCAGUUGCAAAAUAAGGAGGCAGAAGGCUCUUCUUUCCGUGACAGUCCAUACACUGAGGCACCUGGCACACCUAAGGAUCGCACUUUUAUUGCUGAUUCUGUGAGUUUUGGAGGGGAAAGGUUUGGUAAACGGGAUCAAAAACGCAAGGCCACCGGAAGAUUAUCUGAAGCUCCAUCAUCACCAGCUCAAUCUAAAAGGCCAAGAAAACAGAAGGGAUCCGAUCUGUGAUCCUCCAGGAGGUUGGCGGCUUUUGCUGGAAGGCUCUGAAGAAUAUAAUUUAGCUUUUGAAGCAUCAUUAUCUGAACUGAACUUUGAUGAUGGAGUAGUUAAGAGGCGUGAUAUCCUCAUCUGUGGAGUCAUUAGCAUCUGUGGAAUCGAGUUAAAGCGGUCUGUUUACUUCAUUUUAUCAGCCAAAGCUCUGGUUUUCUUACAUCUAUUAGCUAGUUUUGUCUUUCCGUUCGCAGAGUCAGCAGGAUAGUUCUCUUAUAUGAUGGUGUAUUAUAUGUAAAUGGAACCAGAAAUGAGGAAAAACAGCCUUUUUUUUCCUUUCAUUACUUCCAUUUCUGUAUACCAGUAUUCGUUGGAUCAUACCCUUUUCAGUAGAUUUAAAAGAAUGAUGAUGUAAAUUUUUUUUUUAAA